AUGGGCUCACAGCACUCGACGCGCUGCUCGCCGGUGCGCGUGACGCCCGCUGCCCGCUCUUCCCCCGCCCGUUCGCCCUCCCCUUGCCUCACCUACCACUCCCAACUGCGCGCGCCGCACUUCCGCAUUCCCCACUAUUUAUGCUUCCGCCACUCCCUCGCCUCCUCGUCCCCACCGCCCUCUCCCUUCAUCAUCCCGCUUCCUUUCCUUCCGCCCGUCUCUCUGUCCCCGUCGCGCUCCAUCCUCUCCGCCUCCCGCUCUCACCGGCCCGCUCCUCUUUUCCGCCAUUUCCCCAUUUCCCCAUUCCCCCUCUCCCCCGUUCCCCCAUUCGCCCCCAGGCCUGUGCCCCACACGCUGUGCCCCACACGCUGUGCCCUACACGCUGUGCCCUACACAGCCCCAUGGCAUCACAGCAAGCUUGCCCCAACCUCCUCUCUUGCACCAACCCCCCACGCCUGGCAGGUGCUGCUGCGGCACUGGAGCAGAGUGCUGGGCGCUCAGCCGGGGCAGUGCGAGCACGCGGGCAGCGAGGAGCCGUGCGCUGCAGGGGGCGAGGAGCCGUGCGCUGCAGGGGGCGAGGAGCCGUGCGCUGCAGGGGGCGAGGAGCCGUGCGCUGCAGGGGGCGAGGAGCCGUGCGCUGCAGGGGGCGAGGAGCCGUGCGCUGCAGGGGGCGAGGAGCCGUGCGCUGCAGGGGGCGAGGAGCCGUGCGCUACAGGGGGCGAGGAGCCGUGCGCUGCAGGGGGCGAGGAGCCGUGCGCUGCAGGGGGCGAGGGCGCGGGGCAGGGGAGUGGGGGAGGCGGGGCAGAGGAGGGGGGGAAGAGGGAGGGAGGGGGGAGGGAGGGGAGCGAGGGAGGGGAAGGUGUAGCGGCGUUCUGCAGCGGAGCGGGGGAGGCUGUGCUGCGUCACAUGGAUGAUGAGGAGCCGCGCGUCAGGUGGGGAGUGAGGGGAGCGAGUCAGGUGGGGAGGGGGGUGGAGCGAGUCAGGUGGGGAGGGGGGUGGAGCGAGUCAGGUGGGGAGGGGGGUGGAGCGAGUCAGGUGGGGAGGGGGGUGGAGCGAGUCAGGUGGGGAGCGAGGUGUGAGUGGGGACGGAGCAGAGGAGAGGCUGUGCUGAGGCACUUGGAUGAUGAGGAGCCUCGCGUUAGGCUGGCAGCAGCGGAGGCCCUCUGUGCCCUGGCACACUACGGGUCGCUGCCCGCCGCCCUUGCCCUCUUCAGGGCCGUGAAGGCCCACAUCCUGCGCACGCUGCAGCAGCAGCAGCCGCUGCCGGCGCUGCUGGAAGGGCAGGAGGAGGGCGACGGGGAGGAGGCGGGCGGGGAGGGGGAAAAGGGAAGCAUGCACGCAGCCUUCGGGGCGCAGCAAGGGGAGGGGGCGCAGGAGGGCGCGGAAGGGGGAGUGGCGGGGGAAGGGGGGGAGGGGAGCGAGGGGAUGGGGGAUGCGCCCAGUUCCCCCCGGGCGGACCAGGCAGGGCUGGCAGCGGCCAUGGGCAGGCGGGGGGGCGCGGAGGGAGUGGGGGGAGUAGGUGGGGGAGGAGGGAGGGCAAGCGCGCGGCAGACAGCGACUGAAGCUGCCUGUGCGCUCCACGCCUUGCCACCUGCCUGCCUCCCUGUGCCGCACACCCCACAUUUCCCACUCUUCUUCACCCUCUUCCCUCCCACACCCCCUUUCUCCUCACCCUCUCGCUUCCCUCACCAGGUGUGUGGGCUCAGCGUGGAUGCGGCACUGCGCUCUGCUGGAGCCACUUUUUCUCCUUUGACCUCUCACAAUCCCCAACUCCUCUUCUCUCGCUUCCCCCACCAGGCGCGGGGGCGCAGUCUGGAGACGGCGCUGCGCUCGCUGCAGCGCCUGCUGGAUGGGCUGGGGGAGCGGAGGGCAGGGGGGAGAGGCACGGGGAGAGGUGCAGGAGGAGAGAGGGCAGGGGGGCCAGUUGUGGUUGGCAAGGGGGGAGAUGCAGGGGAAGGAGGGAGGGAGGAGGAGGGGGAGGGGGGGGCGGAGUGGGAGGAGGUGGUGGGGGAGAUGAGUGGGGGUACGGUGGAGGUGGUGGGGAUGGUGGUUCGGCAUGGCAAUCGCUUUGUGCGUGAGGCUGCCAUGUUCGCCCUCGCUGCGCUGUGCCACGUCAUGGGGGCCACCAGUUUGGGGGAGACCAUUGCCUCGCAGCUUGCUGUGGGGCUGGGGGACAACUGGAGCCAAGUCAGAUACGCGGCAUCGGUGGGCAACCGAGCCUUGUUCCUGGCAGCGGGGGCCGUGCAUCACAAGGAGCGCUACCUGCCCACCCUGCUGCCCGCCAUGGUGUUCAACCGCUACUACGGGGCGGACGGGGUGCGCAUCUACUCACAGGACACGUGGCAGCGCGUGAUGGGCGGGGGCGGGCGGGCGGCAGUGGUGCAGCACAUGGCGCUGGUGGCGGCCUUCUACUGCGUGCAGGCGCGCGCCCAGAACUACCUCGUGCGCGAGACGGCGUGCUUCUGCAUUGCUGAGGUGGCUGCCAAGAUUGACCGCCCGGUGGUGCUGCCGGUGCUGCCGGACCUGCUGCCGAGCCUCCUCCGCUGCCACACCGACCCUGUGUGGCCCGUGCGCUGUGCCGCCUGCUCAGCGAGUGCCGGUGUGGUGGAGCAUUAUGGUGACGUGGCAGCACAGCACAUUGCCACGUGGGCACCAACCUGGCUUGCCAACCUCACAGACGUGAUCCCGGCGGUGAGGCAGCAUGCGGCGGCGCUCAUAGGGGCGGCGCUCACCACCAGGGAGACACAGGGCAAGGCGCUGCAGAUCACCCAAGACGCGCUCCACAGCCUGCUGCCUGCCGCCCUCUCUUCCCCCGCCCCGCACUCGCACACACACACUCACCCACCCACCCCUGCCUCCCCCUCCGCCUGCUGCCCUGCCGCGUCCCACUCCUGCUCCGCCUCCACUCACCACCCCCAUCCCCACCCUCUGCAUCCUCCUGCUGCUGCCACAGCACCCUCGGGCCUGCAGGCUGUGCGCAUCUCUCUCAGGGACCCCUCGUCACCACCAGACCCAGCACGCCCCUCCUCCAUUGACCAGAAGUUCAUCUUCGAGCCCGUGCCAGUCAACACCUCCUCCUCCUCCUCCGCCUCUGCCUCUGCCCCUACUGUCACUGCUGCCACUGCCGCCCCUGCCGCUGCUGCUGCCCCUGCUGCUCCUCCUGCCCCUGCUGCUGCUGCCUCUGCUGCUUCCCCUGCUGCCUCUCCUGCUGCCCCAUGCACGUGCCACCAUGCGCCCACAGCAGAGCCAUGGGAGCAGUCGGAGGGGGCGGUGCAGCUGCUGCCCUUCCUUGCUGCCGCUGCCCCCGCUGCUGUGGGGGAGUUCCUCCCCACCCUCGCACAGCUGGCGGGUUCACCAGCAGCAGCAGCCCAUCCAGCCCUCCUAGUCACCAUAAUGCGCCACCUGCCGCGCAUCGCCAAGCCAAUGGGCAAGCGCCAGUUCAAGGUGCACGUGGAGCUCUUCCUGCCGCCGCUCUUCACCGCCCUCGCCUCUCACCAGCCGGAGGUGGCAGCAGCAGCGGGCGUGGCAGUGGCGGAGCUACAGCUGCUAAUAGGCCCCAGCAUCUUCGAGGGGAGGCUGUCCCCGAUACAGAGAGAGGCCAUGACUCGUUACAAGCACCUCAUUCACCUGCGUCCCCAGCAGUCCUCCGAACCUGCAAUGCCUCCUCAUGCCCACCAUCGGCCUGGGUCGUGA